CUAUCUUUACGGCGUUUUGCUAUCUAAACAGCUAAAUGGCUUUUUAGCUGCUGCUUGUUUGCUACAAAGUAAAAAUAGUGUUUUGAGGUCGGAAGGCGCACAAAUGGACUGGAUUUAGCGGAUUGUUGUACAGUGUGUGGCGUCGUUUGAUGUUAGCCGACGAAAAUUAGAUCCUUUUGUUUUCCUGUUUGUGAGGAUAUUACAUAAUGUGGCGGUAAGCUGCCAAUGUAGGUUAUUACGUCUGUCUUUUUAAACAAAACCACAUUUUUAUUUCUUACGAGGGCGCAAAGCUUUUGCUAGCACUGGUCCUGUUGAACAAUGGGUAAAAACAAGGUGUAUGUUAGCAUAGGCUAUGCUACCUUCGGCACGCUGGUGGGACUGUCGGCGUUAUUGGUUUGGAACAUCGCGUAUCAACAGCCGGCCACGGCGGCCAUGGGAGGCCUGUCAGGAGUUUUGGCGUUCUGGUCCCUGGUCACACACGUCAUGUACCUACAGGACUACUGGCGCACCUGGCUCAAGGGCCUCAAGUUCUUCAUCGGCAUUGGAGUCUUCUUCUCAGUUUUGGCUGUGAUUGCCUUCAUAACCUUCCUGUGUCUGGCCAUCACACAACACCAGUCUCUCACCGACCCUCAGAGCCUCUACCUGUCUUGCGUGUGGAGCUUCCUGACCCUCAAGUGGGCUUUCCUUCUGGCCUUGUACUCGCACAGAUACCGCCAGGAGUUUGCCGACAUCAGCAUCCUCAGUGACUUUUAGUGAGUAGGAGUUUGUCGACUCUGAUGAACUUUGAGGGAUUUUGGGACGUCGGCAUGAGCUAGUCGUUAAGCUUCGCAACAAAGACGGAUUGAAAACCCCAGAUGUGGUUAAACUAAGAAGUCACCUGACUUCACCACGUGGAGUUGCACUUGCUUGACAAGCCUUUUCCCCGUCUUGUAACCCGUUCUCCCACUUCACUCCCUGUUACCUGUGAAUACCUAAAGAGACUAGAACUGCACUAGGAAGCCACAGGGUUUUAUUUUUAGAUGCUUUGGUUGUCAAAGGAAUUCACUACUAAAACAGGGUUGUAACAUCGUCAUUUGUAGCUCAAAGUCUGAACCAAAACAGAACUGUUCUACCUGACAUCUGAAAACAGCAGAUGGGCUGCGUUUACUGUUGUGCUUGCUUGCAUCUAAAUAAAUUCACAAAACGUUCUUUUAAUUUGCAGAUGGUUUUGUUGCAGCUCUCAUCAUCCAGGGAAGUCACAAACACAAAGCAGAUGUUGGCCGUUCCUCUGAAAUUCUUCUGCUUUUUAGUCCAGAAGAGUCUCAUGAAGUAUAAUUUGUCCCAUUUGCAAUAAAAAUAUUUCUCCUUUCUCUAUUUUAGCUAUUUUUGAGUUUGUAUUGUUGUGUGGAGGCAUGCUACAACAAGUCCAGUUUCAACGAAUUAAAACCAAAAAAGCCGUCUGGAAUCACGUUCUACGAAUUCUUUAGGUCACGUGUUUGUGAUCAGACGGGUCCUGUUAUCCUUCCCGACCAAAAACGGCUCCCCUCCUCACGCUGUUGGGAUGAAACACACACACACACACACACACACACACACACACACACACACACACACACACACACACACACACACACACACACACACACACACACACACACACACACACACACACACACACACACACACACACACACACACACACACACACACACACACACACACACACACACACACACACACACACACUGUUCCCAGCUUUUAGAUGGGUUUCUGGUUUUGUGGAGUCAUUAAGUAACGAGCAUCAUGAACAACUUUAACUGGCAUCUGUUGAUGUAUUUUAAUCUUUUAUUUUGGGUCAAAUUUAAAGCCCAGGCUGUAUUAUGUAAAGCUUUCUUGUCAUGUAAAAUGAUUCUUAAUACUUUUUGUAAGGAAUGUUUACUUGUUUACCGUGUUUGAAGAAAAGAUGCUCAUAGAAAAUUCGCUGUUUUUAUUUUGUUCCAUUAGGCGGAGAUGGCAGAGUUAUUCUGACAUUCCUGUUUUAGAGAAAACACACCAAUGCAUUAAGAAGAAAAUGCACUUUAGUCUUUGACUUUGAUGCCAUUGUUUUGCACAGUGUUACAGACACCGUUUAACAUGUCUGAAUCUCGUCUUGAAUCACUAAUUCAGUUUCAACUUGAACCGGCCUCUGUAGUUUGUUGUUCCAGCUGUAGCUUCUGUCCACUUUUUACCGUGAAACGUGGAAAUAGCUUUUUGUCAGCGAGAGAAUGAAUGUGUGGAUAAUACGUGUAGAAGUGGUUCCCAAUAAACUUGCUUUUAUCUGUGA